GUUCUGCCGUUGUGUUAGUCGGUUGCCGUAACAACUGACAGCGGAGUCUAUCGGCUAUGGCCUCCAACUUUAAGAAGGGAAACAUGGCAUCAAGUGCCCAGCGAAAAAGGAUGAGUCCCAAGCCUGAGCUUACCGAAGAGCAGAAGCAGGAAAUUCGGGAAGCGUUUGAUCUCUUUGAUGCUGAUGGAACUGGUACCAUAGAUGUUAAAGAACUUAAGGUGGCAAUGAGGGCCCUGGGCUUUGAACCCAAGAAAGAAGAGAUCAAGAAGAUGAUAAGCGAGAUUGAUAAAGAAGGGACAGGAAAAAUGAACUUUAGUGAUUUUUUGACUGUGAUGACUCAGAAAAUGUCUGAGAAAGAUACCAAAGAAGAAAUCCUGAAAGCUUUCAAGCUCUUUGAUGAUGACGAAACUGGGAAGAUAUCAUUCAAAAAUCUAAAGCGUGUGGCCAAGGAGUUGGGUGAGAACCUGACUGAUGAGGAGCUGCAGGAAAUGAUUGAUGAAGCAGAUCGAGAUGGAGAUGGAGAAGUCAACGAGCAAGAGUUCCUGCGCAUCAUGAAAAAGACCAGCCUUUAUUAAGCUCUGUGUCUUCUUUUCUACCGCAAGCACACGCAACUAGGUUUAGUGCCUGCCAUUGUGUGAAAACUGGCUUUUGAGAACACAAACUGUUUGUCCCCCACUGACCUCCCUGUCAACUUGAGUAGUGACCUUGAACCUAUUUUAGACUUUUGGAAGUGUUCUUUGAUAUUAAAGUUCUUUAUACAAUGACCUGCUAAUUAUUUUAAAUCUCAAAAGCAGAACAAGAGCACAUGAGAGUGGUGAAAGGGUCUGAAAGCUUUGGCUCCCCUGCCACGUUGCCUUGCAUCGCUUUAUCCUUGCCAUGCAUUUCCACAUGUCUGCAAAACCUAGACAGGCACAUGUGGUAGCCAUGUCACCACAAGCAGUGGUCAUUCUUAAGUGGUUCCAGUUUUUAGUUGACACCUGAGUGCAGUUUUCUCUUUUAUAAAACCUGGCGAACUCUUGCACUGGCCUUUGUGUGUGUGUGUUAAUGCUGUUUCUGUUGUCUUAAAAAUAAAACCUUUCUUAGUUUGAG